AUGGCCAUGACGAGCUCCGCGUGCUGGGAGAAGGUCCCGCAUCUCUCGCCGACGGACGAGCUCCAGAUGCAGCUGGAGGCGGAGACGCAGCGUCUCGCUGCUGCCCAAGCCUCCGUGACGGCCAACGCCCAGGGCAUCGACGUUGUCGACGGCAAGGCGGUCGGCGCCUUGUCCAUCACGGUGCUCAAUGCCGAGAACCUCCACCUCGAUGGCAUCCUCGACCUCUCGGACGACACGACGGUCGUUGGCUCGCUCGCGAUCACGGCCGCCAGCAUUGAGAAGGCCAAGACCAACAUCCGCGCCGCCAAGACGUCGACGAUCCGGCUCAACCCGCGGGCAUGCCGGGCCACGUGGUUCAAGGCGGACCAGACAACCAUUACGUUCAAUGGCGUCAAGACCAAGGCCGCGUCGGUCACGCUCACGCUGCACCACCCGUCGCCGCUCGUGGCCGACGUCUUUAUCGGCACGUGCAAGCUCGUCAUCACGGACGCGAUGCUGGCCGAUCAAAAGACGCACAUCGUGUCGCUGCCGCUCGAGGGCCCGCCCGGCCACGUCACCAGCAUCAGCUACGGCCAGGUGCAAGUCGCCAUGCGCUUCGAGUACGACGUGCUUGCGCGCCUGCAGACGUCAGUGCAAGGUCUCAUGGACGCCAAAGCGCGGCUGGAGGCGGACGCAGAGGUGUACGCGGCGACAGCGGCGCUCCUCCAGGCCGAGACGCGCCACCCGGCGGCCUUCGGCACGGCGGCGGCCGCCUCGACGGUCUACCUCCCCGGCCACAAGUUCUCGGCCGACACGUACCACCCAGCGGCAGUCGCGCGGACGCCCAUCGCCGAUGGCGCCAAGGUCUCGACGCCAUUCGGCAACGGGACGAUCGUGACGUUCCGCGAAGCGACCAAGAUGUACGUGGUGCUCAUGGAAGCGUCGCCGGGCAUGACGAAGCGCACGACGACGGCGUACUUGCGCCCCGACUCGGUGUGGGAGGCGCCGCCACCGUCCCGCUUCCGGAAGGGCGUGGCCGUAUCGACGCCGUACGGCAAGGGCGUCGUCGUCAGCACCCGCCCGGCGGACAAGGUCGUCGUUGUCAAGACCGACUAUGGCACGCUUUUUCUGCAAGAGAAGGACGUGCAUGUCGAAGCGCUCACGGCCAAGACGAUGACCAACACGGAGCGCAUUGCCGCGUCGGUCGCGGCGUCGGCGGCGGGCAACGACCACUUCAAGGCCGCCGACUUGGUCGCGGCCAUCGAAAAGUACCUCGAGAGCUUGACGUACCUCAACCACGUCGACCAGGAGAGCGCGAGCCACAAGGAGAAAGCGACGGUGCUUCAAACGAUGAUUCGCUGCCACCUCAACCUCGGCGCGUGCAAGCUCAAGCUCGGCGACUACAGCGACGCGUGGACGGCGUGCACGAACGCACUCUCGAUCCUCCAAGUGCUCUCGGACAACCGCCAUGGCAAGGUCGCCGAGUGGAUGGGCCGCAUCGGCAUGACGGAAGCGCUCAUCUUCCAGGAGUGGCCGUCCAAGGCGCUCUUCCGCCGUGCGACGGCGCUCGUCGCCAUGGGCAACGACGUGGAAGCCAAGCAGGACCUCCUGAUCGCCGUCAAGCUCAUGCCCAAGGACAAGGCGUGUCGGUCGCUUCUCGAAAGCGUCGCCAAGCGCGUUGCCGACGCCAAAGAGAAGGAGAAGGAAAAGUGGGGCGGCUUCCUCCUCGAGCAGAGCAACAACAGCAACAACGGUAACAACAAGCCGUCGGCGGCCAAGACGACGACGGUCAAGUCGCCGGCGCCGGUCAAGACGCGCGAUCUGCCGGGCGGCAAGAAGCCCGACGCGUCGACGACCUGGACGACGCCGACGACGCUCGCGCUGGCGGCGUCCGUCCUCGGUGUCGUGGCGAUUGGCGCCAUGGUCCUCUCCAAGCGCCAGUAG